AUGACCCGCUUCAAGCUGUCGCUGAAGUCAGAACCCUGGGCAUUCUUGAAUUCGAACAGUUUAGAUGAAAAUGUCACUGCCCAGGAUAGGAGGGUGUCUACCGAACUUGAGGUAAGGCGAGGUACCAAGCAAGGUACGUACAUCAUUUUCCCCACCCCGUUGUGGUCGUCCCUGAGGACUCCCAUCAGUGGAUCACUGGGUGGGCAAUUGGGAGGUGUGCUUCUUGGGGGUACGUCCCGGUUACCUAUCCUAGCGUGCCUCGAGAUUGGCUCCUUUCCGUUCCCCGACCCCCAAAGAGCUGUUGGCCAGCUGGUGGGUGGUGUGCAUCAUCCCUUCCUACCUACCUUUCUAGACUCUCUCUCACCUUGCCUCAACCUGUUUCCUUGCAUCCACAGGAGCGGUGCAGCAGCAGCGCAGGAAGCACGCACGCACCAGUACCCGACCGCAACUCACCUUACCUCUGCCGCCCUCAAGUGGCCCCGUCCUCAGCUGAAGGGGAACGACGACGUGCACCUGGCUGCAUUUCCGCCAUCCAAACCACCAUCUCCAAAUCUCCCAUUUUCCUCCCGUCGUGUCUCGCUUCUACAUUAG